GUCGUUACGAGAUGGAACACAUUCAAGUAAUUUAAAGUGUAAAGUGACACUCGUAUCUCAGAAAUUAAUUCAAUAUUUGUCUAUCGCCCCACAGGAUUGGUCAGCGAGAUGGGCAAGAACACGAUAUAUCAUAAUAUGAGUAUAUAAUAGUGUUCAUAUCUCGGGCAUGCAUGUCAUUAUUUAGGUAAUUGGUCCAUUGCUUGAUGACAUAGUGAAUUGACAGAAAUUCACGUCGCUGCUGGGAGAUUGGGCUCGCGGUCAGUGACAAACUCACAAUUAGUAAGCGAAGUAAUACACACAAGAACGAAUAUUAGCACACCGUAGUUUCGUCUCUUCAAAUCUUCCCGGGAACUCAUUACAAUUGGCAGCUAUUCAAACCCACAGGAUUCGUUAUUUUCGGUUUGAUCUAAAGGUCUGAUAUCUUUAUGUCUGUUCACUUCUACCUUCAUUAAUAAAAGUGAGGUAUUAAUUCAAGGGACCAAACCAAGUCCAUUAAAUAACUGUUCCUCAAAAGAAGAGUUGGUGAGUUGCUGAAGAAAGGUACUCAGGAAUAGGGACAGUUGAUUCAGCUCAGAUUGUAGAAAGUUUUCUAGCUUCAAUCAACGAGAGGGGAUAAAGUGUCUGACCAAGACAAGACAAAACCAAAGGACUGCUUGACCUCUUAAAGAAAUCCUCUGAUCCACAUUUCUAUAUAUUAAAUUAAGUAAGGAAAAUGUUGGAUGGCCAGGGUCCUUCAAGGAGUAAUCAGGAAUCGAAUGAGGAACAAGCCAGCAGCAGUACAGGGCCAAGAGCAGCUGUUGCUAUAAAGAAGGAAUCGAAAUCAAGUGCCUCAAGAGCACCCAAGACACGUUCAACUGCUGCUAAAAGAAUUCAAAGGGAAUUGGCCGAUAUAACGCUAGAUCCACCGCCUAACUGCAGCGCUGCUCCAAAAGGCGACAAUAUUUACGAAUGGGUAUCGACAAUCAUGGGUCCUCCUGGGUCGGUGUAUGAAAGAGGAGUAUUCUUUCUGGAUAUUCACUUUCCUCCAGAUUAUCCAUACAAACCACCGAAGGUGACAUUUCGCACAAGAAUUUAUCACUGUAAUAUCAACAGUCAGGGUCAAAUAUGUUUGGAUAUUUUCAAAGAUAGUUGGAGUCCAGCAUUGACAAUCUCAAAAGUACUACUUUCAAUAUGUUCCUUAUUGACUGACUGCAAUCCUGAUGAUCCAUUAGUGGGAAGCAUUGCAACACAAUACCAAACUAACAGAGCAGAACAUGACAGAGUAGCUAAGGAAUGGACCAAAAGAUAUGCAACAUAAAAACGACCAAAGAAUACAUCAGAAAGUCAGAUUCCAACCGGCAUUACCACCACAACUAAUAGCUAGCAUAAUAUUGCUACUUAAUAAGAGUUUAGAGCAUUCAUGUUGCAUUAUUUGAACAAAAUAUUGACAUUAAUAUUUAAGCAGAACAGAAACAUCUUGUUACAAAAGGAUUAAAAAAUCAUAUUUAGUUAUUUGAAAGAAAGGGGGGGGGGAGUUGUUGUUAAUUGA